AUGAAGAUCCAGUGCAACGCGUGCGGGGCCGCGGAGGCGCGGGUGCUGUGCUGCGCGGACGAGGCCGCGCUCUGCGUCGCCUGCGACGAGGAGGUGCACGCCGCCAACAAGCUCGCCGGGAAGCACCAGCGGGUGCCGCUCCUGACCAACGCCGACGCCGCCGGGACCGCCGCCCCCGCCGCCGCCGUGGCGCCGGCCGUGCCCAAGUGCGACAUCUGUCAGGUCUGCCCUGACCCCGAGACCUCGUCUCUGCUGUCCCUCCCUCCUUUCCUGUAG